AGCGCAGCCAAUCAAAUCACUGUUCUCGAAACUUCCAAAACUGACGUCAUAUCCGCCGGCGUUUCUCACGUGUGUUCAGUAGAUACUUGGAAGUCCAUAAAAGCGGACGGGAACAAAGAAAAGGCUCAAAAUUUUAUUCAAGUUCACCGAAAGAAACUCAUAAUGGCGAAGGCACCAGCUAUUGGUAUUGAUCUGGGAACUACAUACUCCUGUGUAGGAGUUUUCCAACACGGCAAGGUUGAAAUCAUUGCCAAUGACCAGGGAAACAGAACAACACCCAGUUAUGUCGCAUUUACAGACACAGAAAGACUCAUUGG